AUGGCCGAGGUUGCCCAGAAGCUUGAACUGCCCGACGAUUUGAUGUGUAAUGCUCAAGGAGAUGGCCUCUCUCAACUCACAUACAAGACUGUUCAUUACAACCCCUACGAUCUAUCAACAUGGCUACAGAGCAUGCUCUCUGAGUUCAACCCACUUCCUGUCAAUGGUUUCAAUCCCAUGGUGCCACACGCCACCGGCGUCAUCGCUCCACCCGCUCCCCUCGACGAUUCUCUACUUGCUCCGACUGAAUCAUCCACCAUCACCUCCAUUGAUUUUGAUCAAGAAAACAAUAUUAAUCACUCCAGUACGUUGCGUACAGUCAAUAGCUCUGACAAAUUUCUUCCGCUUCAAGCUCAAACCCAGACGCUUCAAGCUCAAACAGUAUUAAUCACCCUCUUCCACUUCAAGCUCAAACCCAGACGCCAACUGACAUUGCGUAAUGGUUUUUAG